AUGAGCCUACAAAUGCUAGUUGCUACAAUUUCAAGGUUAUUAUUAGAAUUUAUACUAGAAGGCUAUAAGUAUCACAUACAAAUUCCAUUUACUGGCAGUUGGAUGGACUUACCCAAUCCCAGUAAGAAAACUAAGUUCUUUUUUGAUAUGAGGCUUUUGCAACAUGUUCAGGAUAACUGA